AUGCCUAUCCGUCGAGGCUUAAAGGCGCCCCAAAAUAUAUUUAUUGAAACCAUUAUUAAGAAAUUCGAUGGCCCAGGUCGAAGCUUCAUAUUGGCCAAUGCUACUGUUCCUGAUUGCCCUAUUGUCUUCUGCAGUGACGGAUUUUGUAAACUUUAUGGAUACACUCGUGCUGAGUUAAUGCAAAAGUCGAGCCAUUGUAAAUUUCUACAAGGUGAACAAACAGAUGAAAUUACCAUCAAUUCCAUUAAAAAAUUCCUAACGGAGCCUCAUGAGCAACGAAUUGAUGCAGUCUUUUACACGAAAAACGAGGUUCCAAUUAUAGUAUCAGUUUUGGUAGCUCCCAUUGUCAAUGAUGUUGACAAAAUUGUGAUGUACAUUGUUAACCAUGAAGAACUUACUGAAAAUAUCAAAAUUAAAAAACAGAACAGGCUUUCAAAGAUAAGAAGAUUUUCAAGGAAGCAGAGCACCCAUAACAAUGUCAACCAAGUUACAUUACGAAGUCAAAGAUCUGAUCUAUCAAUCUCGUCAGCAAUAAAAGAAAAUGAAUUUUCAUUAAAUAAUAAAAGCAACCGUGAUGAAGACUCUUCAAGUGUUACUGCCGGUAUUCCUAAAGUUAAAAUUGGUAGUAAAUCCCUAUACUACUCUAACACCAAACAUCCAGACAAUAUACAAAAACCUCAAUUUGAAAUUGGAAAUUGCGAUCGCAUACAUAUUACAGACAUUGCGGACAAGACUGAUAGUGCGAGUACAAGUACUUUUAAUGCUGAUGAUACCUGUCGCGAUGAUGACAACGCCAGUAAUAAAUAUAACGUUACUGCAACUGGUCGUCUUACUAACGACUCAGCAUCUGUAAAUGACGUAAACAUUCGACGUCCAGCUGGUGCAAACGAAUCUAGAACAUCAUUUAUUAGCAAUAGAUUAAAUAACUUACGUCAGUCAAUUUCAGAAGCCAAGCGAGGCAAAGAUGCGGAAAUAAUCUCCGCAUUAGAUGAAGUAAAUGUUAAUCCAUCAGACGUUACUCAAUCGGAGAAAAAUAAUAAAAGAUUUUCGACGGUUCGCAGAUCAGCGUUACCACAGUAUAAGUUAGAAGAGAUUUAUAUUCCAAAAUUCAUGAUUGUACAUUAUUCCAUGUUUAAAGCCUUUUGGGAUUGGUUAAUUCUCGUUGUUGUAUUAUAUACUGCGAUAGUGACACCCUUUGCAGCUUCUUUUUUGCUAACUAGAGACGCUCAAAAAGCUAUGCUAGAUCGCAACCCUGAAACACGUUCGAAUCACGCUAUCGACGAUGCUUACAAUGACCCUUUAUUCGUAAUUGAUUGGAUAGUGGAUAUUACGUUUAUUAUAGAUAUUUUAAUAAACUUUCGAACAACUUACGUCAACUCGAAUGAUGAAAUUGUAACUGAUUGGAGAAAGAUCGCACUCCACUACCUUAAAUCAUGGUUUAUAAUCGAUAUAAUUGCGGCGAUUCCAUUUGAACUCUUUAUUGGUGGGGAACAAAAUGACCAGACUAUCACUUUAAUUGGUCUACUCAAAACCGCCCGUUUAUUACGAGUUAUCCGAGUAGUAAGGAAGGCCGAUCGUUAUUCCGAAACAGGAGCUGCGAUACUCAUUCUACUCAUGUUUGGAUUCGCUUUAAUAGCCCAUUGGCUCGCUUGUAUAUGGUAUGCAAUUGGUGUUGCUGAAAGACCGGGACUGCCAAAGCCGAAAUAUUCAUGGUUGGAUCAACUGUCAGAGGAAAUUCACCGUCCUAUCAAUAAGACCCUUGGUGAUAGUGGCCCCCCGAUAACUGAUCGUUAUUUAACUGCAUUAUACUUCACUUUUAGCAGUUUAACUACUGUAGGAUUUGGUAACGUCUCGGCAACUACUAGAGCAGAGAAAGUAUUCGCUAUUUUGGUAAUGUGGCUUGGGUCUCUUAUGUACGCAUCGAUAUUUGGUAAUGUGACAGCCAUUAUCCAGAGGCUAUAUGCCAGUACUGCGCGAUAUCAUGCUCACUUAAAAAAGAUUCGAGAAUUUAUCAAAUUUCACAAAAUUCCGUAUCCACUGAAAGAUCGAUUAGCCGAAUAUUUCCAACAUACCUGGUCAUUUCACAAAGGGAUUGAUAUGACAUCAGUAUUAAAGAGUUUUCCGGAGAGUCUACAAGCCGAUAUUUCCUUACAUCUAAAUAGGAAUUUAUUAGAAAACUCUGGUGUAUUUGCGACGUCUUCACCUAGCUGUCUUAGAUCGCUAGCUUUUAAGAUUCAAUCUACUCAUUGUCCUCCUGGUGAUUACUUAAUCAUGCAAGGCGAUAAGCUUAAUGCAUUGUAUUUUGUUUCUCGCGGAUCGGUCGAAGUUCUUCGCAAUGAUGUAGUAGUUGCAAUAUUGGGUGUUGGUGAUACCUUUGGUGAAAACUUUUAUCUUCACAGAGAAAUUAUUAAAUCCAAUGCUAAUGUUAGAGCAUUAACUUAUUGUGACUUACAUACUAUUAGUAGAGAAAGUCUCCUUGAGGUACUAGACGCGUAUACAGAUUUUGCUGAACACUUCUCUCGUGAACUGGAAAUUACUUACAAUUUAAGAGAGAAACGAGCUACAGUUGAAAAUGAAAAUGACAAUGAUGAAUCGAACGUUAAUUCUUUACCAUCACUUCCAAGAGAAAGAACCCGUAGCAGUGCUGUUACACUUUCGGCUCGUAGCUUGGAACACCUGUACAGUAGAAGUAAUGCUGAAAAAUGUAAAGUUAGAGUAAGAUCAAGUUCUUCGUCUAUUACAACAAAGAUUAGUAGGAGUUAUCUGUCUCCUGAUGAUACAACAAACACUACAACACAAUCGUUGGAUCGUGCUAAUACCAAUCACGAUGAAGUUACUAGCAAGAGUGUUGACCACAGGGCAGAGUUGCAAAGCAAAAACGAUUUACAUGCAGAGAACCACAAAGGAACUAGUAGUGUAGACAGUUCAAGUCUAUGUUCACAUAAUAAAGAAGGCUUAUCCAGUGUUCUUGAUACAUGUAAUAAUGAACAUUCUGAAUGUUCGUCUUUUCCUAUGGAAGAACUGAAAGGGCAAGUUGCGAUCCUAUCGAAACGUAUAGAUGAAUUAGAGAAGCACCUAAAAACAGAUAUUAAGUCUAUCUUCUUGCUGUUACAAGAGCAAUCUGCUCAGUACACCGAGGUCGCGAAACUGAUGAUGACAGAACCUCUCGCUGAGCGCAAUUCAUCGGUGUAA